AGCUGAGAGGAUAGCACUGCGCUCGGGCAAACGCGAGCACUGGACGGUGUACAACCGGCUCGACGCGGUAUGCCGUCGCCACGCGAAGCAGUGCCGCAACGCCAGCUGGUCAAGCCUCUGCUCGUCGCUGGAACGGGCGAGCGUCCGAUCGAGCCCGUGGCGAAUCCUGGGGGCGAUCCUGCGGCCCCGCGCGCCGCGCUGCCCCGUCCUCUCCAUCGCCGUGGCUCGCGGCAUCACGAGCGGUCAGCUGGCCGAGCUGCUCGCCGAGACUUUCUGCCCGCCACCCAUCAUCCGUCCACCGGCGCCGUACGUGCUGCAGCCGCAACCGCAUCCAAGGCGCGAGCUGCUGGCCCCGGAGCGGUACUUCCCGACGGCCGGGAUCCUCGAGGACAUCAGGGCGCUGUGCGAGGCUGACUUCACUAUCGGUGAGCUUCGCACAGUGCUCACAUCGAGGAAGCUCCGCUCAGCACCAGGUUCCGAUGGCGUCACGUAUCAGAUGCUUAGGAACCUGGAUGGUGACCAGCUCUUGCUGCUGCUCGACGCAUACAACAACGUCUGGCGGACCGGCAGCAUCCCGGACGAGUGGAGCGAGGCGAUUGUUGUCCCGCUGCUCAAGGCCGGCAAGGCAGCCAGCAGUCCUGCUUCGUACCGGCCCGUUUCGCUCACCUCCGCUGCUGGCAAGGUGCUCGAGGCCAUGGCGCUACGGCGGCUCGAGUGGAUUACGGCGGCGCUCGACACCUUGGCGGCGGAGCAGAGCGGCUUCCGGCGACUCCGGGCCACAGCGGACUGCCUUGCCGACGUGAUCGCCACGCUGGAGACAGCGAAGCGCCGGGGCGAGGCAGGCUACCUCAUCCUUCUCGACGUCGAGAGCGCCUUCGACCGUCUGCCACACGCUACCAUCAUGGACGCACUCGAUGCGCUCGGAGUGUGCGGACGAAUGCGAAGCUACAUUGCGGCGUUCCUCGGCGGCAGAACGAUGCGGGUGCGCGUGGCGGGAGCGCUCAGUCGGCCGCGUGUGGUUGUGACAGGAGUGCCGCAGGGCAGUGUGCUUAGCCCAUUCCUGUUCAACCUCGCGCUGGCACGCAUCCCCGACUACAUUCCCCAGUUCCCGGCGCAUGAGGUUCGAGUCGCAGUAUACGCGGACGACAUCGCGUUGUUCGCCAUCGGCCCCACCAGUAUCGGCUAUGCGGCAGCCAAGACCAAGGCGCUCAUCGUACACCCAAGGUACGAGGGGCAGUACAGCACGCCAGGCUUCACCCUCCAUGGAGUGCUGCUUCCGUGGGAGAAGCGGGUUCGCUACCUUGGCCUUGUGAUCGACCGACGGCUGAACUGGCGUGCUGCAGUAGCUGCCCUGCGGAAAGGUGCCGCGCAGGUAGCGGGCGCCGCGCGCUCCCUGCUCGCUCGUGGCCAAGGCUGUUCGCCGACCCUCGCGCUGCGCCUAUACAACUCUGUGGCCUCGGCGCGGAUCCUGUACGCGCUGCCCCUGGCGGACCUGCAGCCGACGCAAUGGAAGGUGAUGGACGCGGAUCACCGAGCCGUCGUACGCCAAUUCCUGUGCCUCCCGCGGUCUUCGCAGAGCGGCGCCACUCUCGCCGAGGCGGGGGAGACGCCCAUCUCUCUCCGAGCCGAGGGGCGGGCCCUCAACCACGUGGAGCGCUUGCAUCGUUCGCGGCACGGCCAGCAGCUGAUCAGCCGGCUGCACUCUCUCCCGAGCUCCGGCAUGGGUCGCCGCGUCACCGAGUUCGCCAACCUGGUACGGGGCGGCGCCACGUGCGCGUGGCUUGCCCCGCCGCCACAUCGGGAGCGUCGUCUGCUCAUCCGCACGACCGUCCCUGGCGUUCGAGGCAAGCGCAACACUCCGCUCUGCGCCUUGCAACAGGAGACGGCUGCGGCCAUCAACGAGCAGCUGGCCGGCCGGGUGCUCGUGUUUACUGACGGCUCGGUCUUGCGGGACGGUGCUGCCGCUGCCGCGUGCGUCACUCCGGACAUCCCAGCGCAAAGUCAGUGCACCGUGUUGAGCGCCGUAUCAUCAACACACGCGGAGCUGGCGGCCAUCGACUUGGCGGCCGAACUUAUCUACCAGCGGCGCAUCCCUGCUGCGGCCAUCCUGACGGACUCCCGCGCGGCACUGCACAUGCUGGCCAGGGCUGACCAUGGGCCACCGCUGAUCCAGCGCCUCCUGCGGAAAAUCCAUGGCGUGUGCGAGCAGGGAUGCGACCUCGUUCUGCAGUGGGUGCCUGCACACAUCGGCAUACACGGGAACGAGGAAGCAGACCGGCUCGCGAGGGCCGCCCACACGGCGACUGUGCCUCGUUCACUCGUCGUGACGCCUUUCGACGUCGCCCGUCACACCGUGGCCGGCAUGUUGCGUGCACGACACCCGGACGCCCGCGUCGCCAGUGGCAACCCACCGAGACUCCUGCCGCGAAAGGGUCUUCAUCGUCGAGACCGGGCGCUGCUGCUUCGUCUCCGCGUCGGCUGCUACCGCACCGCAGCAAGGACUCACCGCCUGCAAGGUACGGGAAGCCCCUUUUGUGAAAAGUGCGCCGACGUGGAGGACUUAGAUCACGUGCUUUUGCGAUGCCGAGAGUACACGGCGCAGCGUGACACGCUCACGAGCGUUUACCGCCGCCUUGGCCUGCCGUGCGACAGCACCGAGGCACUUCUCUUCCCGGCGGCGCAUUCAUCAGUGACCGCGCGCGCCUUCGCGGCACUGCUCGAAUUCCUGGACGGCGCCGAACUGUACGAGCGGCUGUAG